CGCGCUUCUUUGGGCGGCGGCGCUUGGCCAUGUCGUGUCGGGGAAGGUAAUGAGCCGCAGAGCCCCGGGGUCUCGGCUGAGCAGCGGCGGCGGCGGCGGCACCAAGUACCCACGGAGCUGGAAUGACUGGCAACCCAGAUUGACUUGAUGCAAAACAUCACAAAGGCUCCAUAUUAUACAGUAUGCGAUUUUUGAGAACUGACAGUGCAUCAGCCGACCCAGAUACAUUAAAAUAUUCUUCAUCCAGAGAUAGGGGUGGGCCUUCUUCUUAUGGACUGCAACCUUCCAAUUCAGCUGUGGUGUCUCGGCAAAGGCAUGAUGAUACCAGAGUUCACACUGACAUUCAGAAUGACGAAAAGGGUGGCUACAGUGUCAAUGGAGGAUCUGGGGAAAAUACUUAUGGUCGGAAGUCGUUGGGGCAAGAGCUGAGAGUUAACAAUGUGACCAGCCCUGAGUUCACCAGUAUUCAGCAUGGCAGUCGUGCAUUAGCCAUCAAAGACAUGAGGAAAUCACAGGAGCGAUCGAUGUCUUAUUCCGAUGAGUCUCGACUGUCGAAUCUUCUUCGGAGGAUCACCCGGGAAGACGACAGAGACCGAAGACUGGCUACUGUAAAGCAGUUGAAAGAAUUUAUUCAGCAACCAGAAAAUAAGUUGGUACUAGUUAAACAAUUGGAUAAUAUCUUGGCUGCUGUACAUGAUGUGCUUAAUGAAAGUAGCAAAUUGCUUCAGGAGUUGAGACAGGAGGGAGCUUGCUGUCUUGGCCUUCUUUGUGCUUCUCUGAGCUAUGAGGCUGAGAAGAUCUUCAAAUGGAUUUUUAGCAAAUUUAGCUCAUCUACAAAAGAUGAAGUUAAACUCCUCUACUUAUGUGCCACCUACAAAGCAUUAGAGACUGUAGGAGAAAAGAAAGCCUUUUCAUCUGUAAUGCAGCUUGUAAUGACCAGCCUACAGUCCAUUCUUGAAAACGUGGAUACACCAGAAUUACUUUGCAAAUGUGUCAAGUGCAUUCUUUUGGUGGCUCGAUGUUACCCUCAUAUUUUCAGCACUAAUUUUAGGGAUACAGUUGAUAUAUUAGUUGGAUGGCAUAUAGAUCAUACUCAGAAACCUUCGCUUACACAGCAGGUGUCUGGAUGGUUGCAGAGUUUAGAGCCGUUUUGGGUGGCUGAUCUUGCAUUUUCUACCACCCUUCUUGGUCAGUUUCUAGAGGAUAUGGAGGCAUAUGCUGAGGACCUCAGCCAUGUGGCCUCUGGGGAGUCGGUGGAUGAAGAUGUUCCUCCUCCGUCUGUGUCCUUACCAAAGCUGGCAGCUCUUCUCCGGGUGUUCAGUACUGUAGUGAGGAGCAUUGGGGAACGCUUCAGCCCAAUUAGAGGUCCUCCAAUUACUGAGGCAUAUGUAACAGAUGUUCUGUACAGAGUAAUGAGAUGUGUGACGGCUGCAAACCAAGUGUUUUUUUCUGAGGCUGUGUUGACAGCUGCUAAUGAGUGUGUUGGUGUUUUGCUCGGCAGCUUGGAUCCUAGCAUGACUAUACAUUGUGACAUGGUCAUUACAUAUGGAUUAGAUCAACUGGAGAAUUGCCAGACAUGCGGUACAGAUUAUAUCAUCUCAGUCUUGAAUUUACUCACAUUGAUUGUUGAACAGAUAAAUACAAAACUGCCAUCGUCAUUUGUAGAAAAACUGUUUAUACCAUCAUCUAAACUACUAUUUUUGCGUUAUCAUAAAGAAAAGGAGGUUGUUGCAGUAGCCCAUGCUGUUUAUCAAGCAGUGCUCAGCCUGAAGAACAUUCCUGUUUUGGAGACUGCCUAUAAAUUAAUUCUGGGGGAAAUGACUUGUGCCCUAAACAAUCUGCUACAUAGUCUACAACUUCCUGAUGCCUGUUCUGAAAUAAAACAUGAGGCUUUUAAAAAUCAUGUAUUCAAUGUAGACAAUGCCAAAUUUGUAGUUAUAUUUGACCUCAGUGCCCUGACUACAAUUGGAAAUGCCAAAAACUCGCUAAUUGGGAUGUGGGCACUGUCUCCAACUGUCUUUGCCCUCCUGAGUAAGAAUCUGAUGAUUGUGCACGGUGACUUGGCUGUUCACUUCCCUGCCAUUCAGUAUGCAGUGCUCUACACGUUGUAUUCUCAUUGUACCAGGCACGAUCACUUUAUAUCUAGUAGUCUUAGUUCUUCGUCCCCGUCUUUGUUUGAUGGAGCUGUGAUUAGUACUGUAACUACAGCUACAAAAAAACAUUUCUCAAUUAUAUUAAAUCUCCUGGGAAUAUUGCUUAAGAAAGAUAAUCUUAACCAGGACACAAGGAAACUGUUAAUGACGUGGGCUUUGGAAGUGGCUGUUUUAAUGAAGAAGUCUGAAACAUAUGCACCUUUAUUCUCUCUUCCAUCUUUCCAUAAAUUUUGUAAAGGCCUUUUAGCCAACACUCUUGUUGAAGACGUGAAUAUCUGUCUGCAAGCCUGCAGCAGUCUACAUGCUUUGUCGUCUUCCUUGCCAGAUGAUCUUCUACAGCGGUGUGUUGAUGUUUGCCGUGUUCAGCUUGUCCACAGUGGAACUCGCAUUCGACAAGCAUUUGGAAAGCUGUUGAAGUCAAUUCCUUUAGAUGUUGUCUUGAGCAAUAACAAUCACACAGAAAUUCAAGAAAUUUCUCUAGCAUUAAGAAGUCACAUGAGUAAAGCACCGAGUAACACAUUUCACCCACAAGAUUUCUCUGAUGUUAUUAGUUUUAUUUUAUAUGGGAAUUCUCAUAGAACAGGGAAGGACAAUUGGUUAGAAAGAUUGUUCUAUAGCUGCCAGAGACUGGAUAAGCGUGACCAAUCAACAAUUCCCCGAAAUCUUCUAAAGACAGAUGCCGUCCUUUGGCAGUGGGCUAUUUGGGAAGCAGCACAGUUCACUGUGCUUUCUAAGUUGAGAACCCCACUGGGCAGAGCUCAGGAUACGUUCCAGACAAUUGAAGGUAUCAUUAGAAGUCUCGCGGCUCACACGUUAAACCCCGAUCAAGAUGUUAGUCAAUGGACAACUGCAGACAAUGAUGAAGGCCACAGUAGCAACCAGCUUAGACUUGUUCUUCUUCUGCAGUAUCUGGAAAAUCUGGAGAAGUUAAUGUAUAAUGCAUAUGAGGGGUGCGCUAAUGCAUUAACGUCACCUCCCAAGGUCAUUAGGACUUUUUUCUAUACCAAUCGCCAAACUUGUCAAGACUGGCUGACGCGGAUCCGACUCUCCAUUAUGAGGGUUGGGUUGUUGGCAGGCCAGCCUGCUGUGACAGUGAGGCAUGGCUUUGACUUGCUUACAGAAAUGAAGACAAAUCUAUCUCAGGGGAAUGAAUUGGAAGUAACCAUCAUGAUGGUGGUAGAAGCUCUGUGUGAGCUGCAUUGUCCUGAAGCCAUACAGGGAAUUGCUGUCUGGUCAUCCUCCAUUGCUGGCAAGAAUCUUCUCUGGAUUAAUUCAGUGGCCCAGCAGGCAGAAGGGAGGUUUGAAAAGGCCUCUGUGGAGUACCAGGAGCACCUGUGUGCCAUGACAGGUGUUGAUUGCUGCGUCUCCAGCUUUGACAAAUCCGUUCUCACGUUGGCCAAUGCUGGGCGUAACAGUGCCAGCCCCAAACAUUCUCUGAAUGGUGAAUCCAGGAAAACUGUGCUAUCCAAAUCAACGGACUCUUCCCCUGAGGUUAUAAAUUAUUUGGGAAAUAAAGCAUGUGAGUGUUACAUUUCCAUUGCGGACUGGGCUGCCGUGCAGGACUGGCAGAAUGCUAUCCACGACCUGAAAAAGAGUACCAGCAGCACUUCUCUCAACCUAAAGGCUGAUUUCAACUACAUAAAAUCACUAAGCAGUUUUGAAUCUGGAGAAUUUGUUGAAUGUACUGAGCAGUUAGAACUGUUACCAGGAGAAAAUGUCAAUCUACUUGCUGGAGGAUCAAAAGAGAAAAUAGAUAUGAAAAAACUGCUUCCUAACAUGUUAAGCCCAGAUCCAAAGGAACUUCAGAAAUCGAUUGAGGUUCAGUUGUUGCGAAGUUCUGUUUGUUUGGCAACUGCUUUAAACCAUAUAGAACAAGACCAGAAGUGGCAGUCCAUAACUGAAAAUGUGGUAAAGUACUUGAAGCAAACCUCCCGCAUAGCUAUUGGACCUCUGAGACUUUCUACUUUAACGGUUUCACAGUCUCUGCCAGUUCUAAGUACCUUACAGCUGUAUUGCUCUUCUGCUCUGGAGAACACAGUUUCUAACAGACUUUCAACAGAGGAUUGUCUUAUUCCACUCUUCAGUGAAGCUCUGCGUUCAUGUAAACAGCAUGAUGUGAGGCCGUGGAUGCAGGCCUUAAGAUAUACCAUGUACCAGAGUCAGUUGUUGGAGAAGAUAAAAGAACAAACAGUUCCAAUUAGAAGCCAUCUGAUGGAAUUAGGUCUAACAGCAGCAAAAUUUGCUAGAAAACGAGGGAAUGUGUCACUUGCAACAAGACUGCUGGCACAGUGUAGUGAGGUUCAGCUGGGAAAGACUACCACUGCUCAGGAUUUAGUCCAGCAUUUUAAAAAACUAUCAACUCAAGGUCAAGUGGAUGAAAAAUGGGGGCCUGAACUUGACAUUGAAAAAACCAAAUUGCUGUAUACAGCAGGCCAGUCAACACACGCAAUGGAAAUGUUGAGUUCUUGUGCCAUAUCUUUCUGCAAGUCUGCCAAAGCUGAAUAUGCGGUUGCCAAGUCCAUUCUGACACUAGCCAAAUGGAUCCAGGCAGAAUGGAAAGAAAUUUCAGGGCAGCUGAAACAGGUUUAUAGAGCUCAGCAACAGCAAAACUUCACAGGUCUUUCUACUUUGUCUAAAAACAUACUCGCUUUAAUAGAACUGCCAUCUGUUAAUACGAUGGAAGAAGAAUAUCCUCGGAUAGAGAGCGAAUCUACAGUGCAUAUUGGAGUUGGAGAGCCUGACUUCAUUUUGGGACAGUUGUAUCACCUGUCAUCAGUACAGGCACCUGAAGUAGCCAAAUCCUGGGCAGCAUUGGCUAGUUGGGCUUAUAGGUGGGGCAGAAAGGUAGUUGACAAUGCCAGUCAGGGAGAAGGUGUUCGUCUGCUGCCUAGAGAAAAAUCUGAAGUUCAGAAUCUGCUUCCAGACACUAUAACUGAGGAAGAAAAAGAGAGGAUUUAUGGUAUUCUCGGACAGGCUGUCUGUCGGCCAGCGGGGAUUCAGGAUGAAGAUAUAACGCUUCAGAUAACAGAAGGUGAAGAUAACGAGGAAGACGACAUGGUUGAUGUUAUCUGGCGUCAGUUAAUAUCCAGCUGCCCGUGGCUUUCAGAACUUGAUGAAAGUGCAACAGAAGGAGUUAUUAAAGUGUGGAGGAAAGUUGUAGAUCGAAUCUUCAGCCUGUACAAGCUGUCUUGCAGUGCAUAUUUUACCUUCCUUAAACUCAACGCUGGGCAGAUUCCCUUAGAUGAAGACGACCCUAGGCUACAUUUAAGUCACAGAGCAGAGCAGAGCACUGAUGAUGUGAUUGUGAUGGCCACCCUGCGCCUGCUCAGAUUGCUCGUGAAACAUGCCGGCGAGCUUAGGCAGUAUCUGGAACGUGGCUUGGAAACAACACCUACUGCUCCAUGGAGAGGAAUUAUUCCACAGCUUUUCUCACGCUUAAACCAUCCUGAAGUAUAUGUGCGCCAGAGUAUUUGUAACCUCCUCUGCCGAGUGGCUCAAGAUUCCCCACAUCUCAUACUGUACCCUGCAAUAGUGGGCACCAUAUCACUUAGUACUGAAUCACAGGCUUCAGGAAAUAAGUUUUCCUCUGCAAUUCCAACUUUACUUGGCAAUAUUCAAGGAGAAGAAUUGCUGGUUUCUGAAUGUGAGGGAGGAAGUCCUCCUGCCUCUCAGGAUAGCAACAAGGAUGAACCUAAAAGUGGAUUAAAUGAAGACCAGGCCAUGAUGCAGGAUUGCUACAGCAAAAUUGUCGAUAAACUGUCCUCUGCAAACCCAACCAUGGUGUUACAGGUUCAGAUGCUUGUGGCUGAGCUGCGCAGGGUCACUGUUCUCUGGGAUGAGCUCUGGUUGGGAGUUCUGUUACAGCAACAUAUGUAUGUCCUGAGACGAAUCCAGCAGCUGGAAGAUGAGGUGAAGAGAGUCCAGAACAACAACACCUUACGCAAAGAAGAGAAAAUUGCUAUCAUGCGGGAAAAGCACACGGCUUUGAUGAAGCCCAUUGUGUUCUCUUUGGAGCAUGUGAGGAGCAUCACCGCGGCCCCUGCGGAGACACCUCAUGAAAAGUGGUUUCAGGAUAACUAUGGUGAAGCAAUUGAAAAUGCUCUUGAAAAACUGAAGACACCCUCCAAUCCCGCAAAGCCUGGAAGCAGCUGGAUUCCCUUUAAAGAGAUAAUGCUGAGUUUGCAACAGAGAGCACAGAAACGUGCAAGUUACAUCUUGCGUCUUGAAGAAAUCAGCCCCUGGCUGGCUGCCAUGACUAACACUGAAAUUGCUCUUCCUGGAGAGGUGUCAGCUAGAGACACUGUCACAAUCCACAGUGUGGGCGGAACCAUCACCAUCUUACCUACCAAAACCAAGCCAAAGAAACUUCUCUUUCUGGGGUCAGAUGGGAAAAGCUAUCCUUACCUUUUCAAAGGAUUGGAAGAUUUACAUCUGGAUGAGAGAAUAAUGCAAUUCCUGUCUAUUGUGAAUACCAUGUUUGCUACAAUCAAUCGCCAGGAAACGCCCCGUUUCCAUGCCCGACACUAUUCUGUAACACCGCUAGGAACACGAUCAGGACUAAUCCAGUGGGUGGAUGGAGCCACACCUUUAUUUGGUCUUUACAAACGAUGGCAACAACGGGAGGCCGCCUUACAAGCACAGAAGGCCCAAGAUUCCUACCAAACUCCUCAGAAUCCAGGAAUUGUACCUCGUCCUAGUGAACUUUAUUAUAGUAAAAUUGGCCCUGCUUUAAAAGCAGUUGGACUUAGUUUGGAUGUGUCCCGACGAGAUUGGCCUCUUCAUGUAAUGAAGGCGGUAUUAGAAGAGUUAAUGGAGGCCACCCCCCCAAAUCUCCUUGCUAAAGAGCUUUGGUCAUCUUGUACCACCCCUGACGAAUGGUGGAGAGUCACACAGUCUUACGCCAGAUCUACUGCAGUCAUGUCGAUGGUCGGAUACAUAAUUGGCCUUGGAGACAGACAUCUGGAUAACGUUCUCAUAGAUAUGACGACUGGAGAGGUGGUUCACAUAGACUACAACGUUUGCUUCGAAAAAGGUAAAAGCCUUAGAGUUCCUGAGAAGGUCCCUUUCCGAAUGACACAGAACAUUGAAACGGCACUGGGUGUAACUGGAGUAGAAGGUGUUUUUAGGCUUUCAUGCGAGCAGGUUCUACACAUUAUGCGGCGUGGCAGAGAGACUCUGCUGACUUUGCUGGAGGCCUUUGUGUAUGACCCUCUGGUGGACUGGACGGCUGGGGGCGAGGCCGGGUUUGCUGGCGCUGUGUACGGUGGAGGCGGCCAGCAGGCCGAGAGCAAGCAGAGCAAGAGAGAGAUGGAGCGAGAGAUCACCCGCAGCCUCUUUUCUUCCAGAGUAGCUGAAAUUAAGGUGAACUGGUUUAAGAACAGGGAUGAGAUGCUGGUUGUGCUUCCCAAGCUGGACAGCAGCUUAGAUGAAUACCUAAGUUUGCAGGAGCAACUGACAGAUGUGGAAAAACUACAGGGCAAACUGCUAGAAGAAAUAGAGUUUCUAGAAGGAGCGGAAGGAGUGGACCAUCCUUCUCACACUCUGCAACACAGGUAUUCUGAACACACUCAACUACAGACUCAGCAAAGGGCUGUUCAGGAAGCAAUCCAGGUGAAGCUCAAUGAAUUUGAACAGUGGAUAACACAUUAUCAGGCUGCGUUCAGUAAUUUAGAAGCAACACAGCUUGCAAGUUUGCUUCAGGAGAUCAGCACACAAAUGGACCUUGGUCCUCCGAGCUAUGUGCCAGCGACAGCCUUUCUACAGAAUGCCGGCCAGGCCCACUUGAUCAGCCAGUGCGAGCAGCUGGAGGGGGAGGUGGGUGCCCUUCUCCAGCAGCGGCGCUCCGUGCUCCGGGGCUGCCUGGAGCAGCUGCAUCACUAUGCGACCGUGGCUCUGCAGUACCCCAAGGCCAUAUUUCAGAAACAUCGGAUUGAACAGUGGAAGACCUGGAUGGAAGAGCUCAUCUGUAACAUCACAGUAGAGCGCUGUCAAGAGCUCUACAGGAAAUACGAAAUGCAGUAUGCCCCCCAGCCCCCCCCAACAGUGUGUCAGUUCAUCACUGCCACCGAAAUGACUCUGCAGCGGUAUGCAGCCGACAUCAACAGCAGGCUUAUUAGGCAAGUGGAACGCUUGAAACAGGAAGCUGUCACUGUGCCUGUCUGUGAAGAUCAGUUGAAAGAAAUUGAACGUUGUAUUAAAGUUUUUCUUCACGAGAAUGGAGAAGAAGGAUCUUUGAGUCUAGCGAGUGUUAUUAUUUCAGCCCUUUGUACCCUCACAAGGCGGAACCUGAUGAUGGAAGGCGCAGCUUCAAGCGCGGGAGAGCAGCUGGUGGAUCUGACCUCUCGGGACGGAGCCUGGUUCCUAGAGGAGCUCUGCAGCAUGAGCGGGAAUGUCACGUGCCUGGUGCAGUUACUGAAGCAGUGCCACCUGGUGCCGCAGGACUUAGACAUCCCGAACCCCCUGGAAGCUUCUGAGGCAGUUCACCUGGCCAAUGGAGUAUACACCUCCCUUCAGGAAUUAAAUUCAAAUUUCCGGCAAAUCAUAUUUCCAGAAGCACUGAGAUGUUUGAUGAAAGGAGAGUACACAUUAGAAAGUAUGCUUCAUGAGCUGGACAGUCUUAUUGAGCAGACCACUGAUGGCGUUCCCCUGCAGACUCUAGUUGAAUCUCUUCAGGCCUACUUAAGAAAUGCAGCUAUGGGACUCGAGGAAGAAACACAUGCUCAUUACAUCGAUGUAGCCAGAAUACUUCAUGCUCAAUAUGGUGAAUUAAUCCAACCAAGAAAUGGUUCAGUUGAUGAAACACCAAAAAUGUCAGCUGGCCAGAUGCUGUUGGUAGCAUUUGAUGGCAUGUUUGCCCAAGUAGAAACUGCUUUUGGUUUACUAAUUGAAAAGUUAAACAAGAUGGAAAUUCCCAUAGCUUGGCGAAAGAUUGACAUUAUAAGGGAAGCUAGGAGCACCCAAGUCAAUUUUUUUGAUGAUGAUAAUCACCGGCAGGUGCUAGAAGAAAUUUUCUUUCUAAAAAGACUACAGACAAUUAAGGAGUUCUUCAGGCUCUGUGGUACCUUUUCUAAAACUUUGUCAGGAUCAAGUUCACUUGAAGAUCAGAAUACUGUAAAUGGGCCUGUACAGAUGGUCAAUGUGAAAACCCUUUUUAGAAACUCUUGUUUCAGUGAAGACCAGAUGGCCAAACCUAUAAAGGCAUUCACGGCUGACUUCGUGAGGCAGCUCUUGAUUGGACUUCCCAACCAAGCCCUAGGACUCACCCUCUGCAGUUUUAUCAGUGCUCUAGGUGUAGACAUUAUUGCUCAAGUAGAGGCGAAGGAUUUUGGUGCUGAAAGCAAAGUUUCUGUUGAUGAUCUUUGUAAGAAAGCAGUGGAGCACAACAUCCAGAUCGGGAAGUUCUCUCAGUUGGUCAUGAACAGGGCAACUGUGUUAGCGAGUUCCUACGACACUGCCUGGAAGAAGCAUGAUUUGGUGCGCAGGCUGGAAACCAGUAUUUCUUCUUGUAAGACAAGCCUGCAGCGUGUUCAGCUGCAUAUUGCCAUGUUUCAAUGGCAGCAUGAAGACCUCCUUAUCAAUAGACCACAAGCCGUGUCAGUCACACCUCCCCCUCGGUCUGCCAUCCUAACCAGCAUGAAAAAGAAACUCCAUACUCUGAGCCAAAUUGAAACUUCAAUUGCAACAGUUCAGGAGAAACUAGCAGCACUUGAAGCAAGUAUUGAACAGCGACUCAAGUGGGCAGGUGGUGCUAACCCUGCACUGGCACCUGUACUGCAGGAUUUUGAAGCAACAAUAGCCGAAAGAAGAAAUCUUGUCCUUAAAGAGAGCCAAAGAGCAAGCCAGGUCACUUUCCUCUGCAGCAAUAUCAUUCAUUUUGAAAGUUUACGAACUAGAACUGCAGAAGCCUUAAACCUGGAUGCUGCGUUAUUUGAACUAAUCAAACGAUGCCAGCAAAUGUGUUCAUUUGCAUCACAGUUUAACAGCUCGGUCUCUGAGUUAGAGCUUCGUUUAUUACAGAGAGUGGACACCAGUCUUGAACAUCCUAUUGGCAGCUCUGAAUGGCUUUUGUCAGCACACAAACAACUGACUCAGGAUAUGUCUACUCAGAGGGCAAUUCAGACAGAGAAAGAGCAACAGAUAGAAACGGUCUGUGAAACAAUUCAGAAUCUGGUUGAUAAUAUAAAAACUGUGCUCACUGGUCAUAACCGGCAACUUGGAGAUGUCAAACACCUCCUAAAAGCAAUGGCCAAGGAUGAAGAAGCUGCCCUGGCAGACGGCGAGGAUGUCCCUUAUGAGAGCAGUGUCAGGCAGUUCCUAGGUGAAUACAAAUCAUGGCAAGACAACAUUCAGACGGUGCUGUUCACAUUAGUCCAAGCUAUGGGUCAGGUUCGAAGUCAAGAACACGUUGAAAUGCUCCAGGAAAUAACUCCCACCUUGAAAGAACUGAAAACACAGAGUCAGAGUAUCUAUAAUAAUUUAGUGGGUUUUGCAUCACCCUUAGUCACCGAUGCAACAAAUGAAUGUUCGAGUCCAACGUCAGCUGCUACUUAUCAGCCAUCCUUUGCUGCAGCAGUCCGGAGCAACACUGGCCAGAAGACUCAGCCUGAUGUGAUGUCACAGAACGCUAGAAAGCUGAUUCAGAAAAAUCUUGCCACAUCAGCCGAUACUCCACCAAGCACCAUUCCAGGAACUGGCAAGAGUGUUGCUUGUAGUCCUAAAAAGGCUGUCAGAGACCCUAAAACUGGGAAGGCUGUGCAAGAGAGAAACUCAUAUGCAGUGAGUGUGUGGAAGAGAGUGAAAGCCAAGCUAGAGGGCCGAGAUGUUGAUCCAAAUAGGAGGAUGUCAGUUGCUGAACAGGUUGACUAUGUCAUUAAGGAAGCAACUAAUCUAGAUAACUUGGCUCAGCUGUAUGAAGGUUGGACAGCCUGGGUAUGAAUGGCAAGACAGUAGAUGAGUCUGGUUAAGCGAGGUCAGACAUCCACCAGAAUCAACUCAGCCUCAGGCAUCCAAAGCCACACCACAGUCGGUGGUGAUGCAACUGGGGGCUUACUCUGAGGAAACCUAGGAAAUCUCGGGGCGCUAGGAAGUGAAUCCUGCAGGACAGCUGCACUCAGGGAUACGCCCAACACCAUGGCCUGCAACCCCAGGGUCAAGGGUGAAAGAAAGAAAGCUCACCGCCUGAACAUGGAGAUUGUCUUUCUGCCACAGAACAGCUGCAAACGUGUCAGGAGGUUAGCUGCAGAAAGAAAUCGGGAUGCCGCGGAGCACAGAGUGAUUUGGAACUCCAUUCCACCUGACCCUGUGUGUACAAUCCAGGAAAAAACAAACCCCGCUCAGAAACAGAGAAGACUGGGGCCGCGAAGAAAUCACAGCCAAGGAAGAUUUGAUGCAUUCAGAUUCUCGUGUAACACUUGUUGCUUGGCAACAGUACUGGUUGGGUUGACCAGUAGGCACAAAAAGGCUAUGCGAUAAGAAUUUCAGAAAUGGACUGGAAAUGGAGAGCUAUGUAACAGAUACACUACAUUGGAAGAACUUACUUCUGAAAUGAAGGGAAAAAAAACCUACCCAUCGUCCUGUCCUCCUCCCCCAACCCUACACCAUCUACCCAUCCUCCUUUUACCUGAUCUAGUAGAUUAGCCAUCUUUCAAAUUUACUUUUAUUUCAAUCCUUACAUUUCAUAUACUUCCGUCUCGAUGCUGUUAACCUAUUUGGAGUGAUAAACGGGAAUUUCUCCAAAACCACUGAUAACAUGGAAAAUUCAAGGAUUGUUUAAAGGUCUGAUGAUCACAUACAAAAUGUAAUCCUGGUUAUUUAAGUCAUUUCUGUGAUUCUAUCAUGUACAGUUUCCAGAAUUGUCACUGUGCAUUCAAAAGUAAUGAAUCUAACAGACAUUUGAUUUAAUGUACACUCCCCUUUGCUUAUAGUGUGCAUUUUUGGGAGGUCAUUCAAAUUUUCCCUCUUCUGCGAUUGCUGUAGUUUCUUUCAUAGAAAGUAGCUAAUCCAAUGUAAUCUUUUACCUUUUUAAAAACCAGGAUAGAGUACCUAUUAGAGUUUUACAUUGUUGAUGACAGAUUAACAAUAAAGUGAUGUUCUGGUGGAGGUAGAGUGAAAUGUUUUUUAAUUCAGUUUUCUCAUUUGAUACUUUUAAUUUACAAAGUGUAAAUUAAAAGUGCUUUGGUUUACCUGGCAUUUUAGGACACGUACAUGAAACAUCAGCAAAUGAGAACCACCGCCAUCAUUUAUUAAGUUCAGUUAUUAAUCUGUGAAGUCCUUUACUUUUUGCACAAUUUUAAUAGUUUGCUGUGAAUUCAUGAUCAAGGUUUCCUUAAAUUUAGUGUUGCAUUUCAGUACUGUAAGCUGAAUUGUUGAUCCACAAUAAAAACCAGACUAGGAUAGGAUUCUUAAAAUCACGUAUCAACACAAAAUAGAACACAAAAUCUUGAUUGAAUGCAUUUUUCCUGCAUUUUAGAGAUGAGGACUGUGAUCAUUUCUGGUCGCCGGUUUUCACAGACAAACUUGAAGGGUAUUAAGGAAAAAUUCCACAUAGCUCUGGCCUUUUCUGUAUUCUGAUUGCCACCUUAAUCUAUAAUCCUUAGGUACCCGUGAGAGAAUGCAUCUCAGGAUCAGUGCUUUUUUUAAUACUUAGGCAAGUAUUGCAAGCAAGGUGGUAUUUUCAAAUACCCGUGUGUCCAAUAGCCAGUUAAGGAACCUAGUGCAUCAAAUUUUAUUUUCUUCAUUCAUUUGGACCUUAUUUUCACAAUCGAAACAACCUAUCUGGAAUAAUGAUGCCAUAUUGUGUUUUGCACGCUGCUUUAUUUCCUCGAGGCUCUGUGGGAGCUGCCGUGUCCAUCACCUGAUUACCUCUGCUCUCUCAAAAGUAAAGUCUUUCCGGCGACAUUCUUUGUUGUCACAAGGAAAAACUUUUAUCACAGUGAUAGAACAAGGUCACACUAGUUUGUCCCGACAGAAAUUGCUUUUUUUUAGGUAAGGAAGGUAAAGGAAAUAGGUGGGUUUUAUUGCCUGAGAAUUUCAGGCUUCAGAGGUACCUGGCACCUUAUCCGAGCAAAAACAAAACAGCUUUAUAUCAGAAACAUGUGCCUCUGAUAAAUUAUCCAUCGCUUUUAUUUUAAAAUGGUCCCUCUGAGAAGAAAUAGCGUGGCAUCAUACAUGUUUGGUUGUGGGGCAGAUGUGACCGAUGACUUCAAAGCUUGCUCUUUACUGCACUCUGCACAAUAAGACCCUGAUCUGCACAGUUUGCCUUCGUCUGGGAAGUCUUUCUGUAAGCAGCCUUGGCUUUUUGAACCGUUGGAAGCAAACUCAGCAGAUGUAAUCCGUGGUGAAAGGCCCUAGUGAUGGAGCAGAGUGAGAAGCCAGCGCAGUACUGGGGGGAUUGUUUUGUAAGAUAAAGCUGAGAGUGCUGUAGUUGUGAAGUCACACGUCUUUGCUGAUACAGAAUACCUGUGGACAACCAGGGAUCUGCUCCUCUCUUUUCCUUUCUCUCCAAGAUUCAGGGGGUAUACAAUAACCUACAACCUCUUCUUCCAUUCAAAGUACCCUUGGGAAUUGAAGUUGAUCGUAAGUGUUUUGUUGUCUUUGAUUUUCUAAAAUUGCCUGAAUUUUAGUUGAUAUCUCUACAGAGCUGUGGAGGCUUAGUGGUUUACGGAGCUGUGUGUAUUUCUCGUUUAGUCUUUCUUCGCUGUGUCUUGCAGGAUCUCAUUCUCUCUGGUCAUGAGUUAACAUAGUUUGCUAGGAUUAUUAAGAUUCUUUUGCGUCUGGCACUUGUGGUGAGUGUUUUUGAGAUAUGUGAGAUUUCUCUGUGUGAACUGAUAAUCAAGCUCUUGAUCUGCUUCCCUAAUUUUUUUUUUUUUUUAAGAGCCCAAACCCCAAGUUCAGGGUGAGGGUUUGUAAUACAAAGAAAAACUUUCGUAACUUCUGCCCUUAACACUUGCCACUAUGAAGCUUAGUGUGUAGUUUUUCUUAAUACUGUCCGUGUUUGGUGUCUUCUGCAUUGUUUUUGUUUUUUAAUUGUGGUUGUUCUGACGUGUGAAAUUUAAGGAAAGAGCCAUUAAAAAAUGCCGAGCAGGGCAAUGCAAGUACAGCCAAAAAUAUUAGAGUUGAUGUGCAAUCUUAGGUCCUUUUAAAUCUGGGGUAUUAUAGGCAGUACUUUAAAUUGAAAAGUCUUCCUGGCCUAUUAUCCUCCACAUAUUUGUAAUUAUUCUGGGGGCUUACUUGUUUUGGCAGUACUAAAAUCAAAGGGGCUGGUUCUUCUUUUACCUAAUUCUUUUCAUAUGAAAGGAAGCACCUACAAUUAGCCUGUUAGACCGAUUCAUAUACAUCAAAAAUCAGCAAAUGCUUUACUGUUAGCGCACAUACCUUUGUUUUACAUAAGGUUAGAUGAAUGUGAAAAACAGUGACCUUCCAUGCUCUAUCAUCGUGGGCUUGUAAAAUGUAAUUUAGAGCUAGGACUUUCCCCCCUUAAAUCAAGGAGGUAGACUAUAGUAAUGUAAGGGUCACUUAAAGAAGGUAGAUUUUGUUUUCAAUGUAUGGCUUGUAUUAGAAAUUUUCCUCCUGUGGGGAAAAGCUAGCUUAGGGUUACAAAUUUUUCCAAACAUUGCAGAAGGGGGAAUCCCCUGUAUUAUGAACCCCUCAGGAUUUGUUGCACUUUUCCUGCUUUUUAGGCCUGAGUAACAACAUCAUCAUCCCUUAUUUACAAAAAGGCAAAUGGACUCCAAUUGAGAAGCUUUACAGGUUAAGGGUUAGUUGUACAACAUGAACCACUUAAGAGUCCCUUGCUUUCUACGGGAAAUUGGGCUUACUAGGGAAAAGCUGUUUGUUGUGCUAAUGUAAAAAUGUCAUACAAUUAGUUUGAUUUUUGAAGAUGGUAAACUUAAGGAAUUGCAUGUUCUCCUGAAAUGCAGGCUUGUAGAAUGUUUUUCUUUCAAAACAGGCUUUUUUUUUUUCUUUUCUUUGCCUGACAGUCCAAGUUUCAGCUCCUGUUUAAAGUUCUUGUGUCAGUUAUUUUCCUGUUUUAAAUUUCUCUUAUAUUUCCACCUGUAAUGUCAGUGGCAACAUCAUACUUGAUUUGUUAAUUUACUUUACCCUUAUAAGAGCAAAUUGAGUUUAAAUGAAUCUUCCUUGUCCUAGUAACAUUGUAUAAAUAAAGUGGCUUCUCUGUACAAAAGGUUGUAAUGCCUCCUGAUGGAUAUAAUUUUGUGAUUGUAUUUAAGAUUAAAAGUUGAAUAAAUCACACCAGCUUCCUGAAAAUGUUCAUAAUGCAUCUUUUGGAAAACAAAAAUACAUGCCUACUUUGUGCAUAUUUGCAUUAACACAGCAAAGAUUGUAUGAAAUACCUGUUUUUCAGAAAAUAAAGUCUUAAAA